AUGCGAGUUGAUGUUCAACUAGCUGAUCUCGCCAGCUUCGAUCGGAAGAAGCUGGACAAGGAGGCCACCUUCGCGGAGGGCCUCGUGAGGCAAUUCUCGGACCUGUUCAAGCCAGAGCAGAAAGAGCCAAGCCCAGAGGAGCUGGAGGCUUUGCAGCGGCAAGAGGAGAGCAGCGAGGCCACGGCCAAGGCGCUUCAGUCUUUGAGGCUGCAGGUGCUGGCAGGAGAGGAGGAUGAGCAAGGCGUGCCCAUCCGGCGCGCUGCCCCUAUCUCAGUGCUGCAGUCGAAGGCCCGCACAGUGCCGCCUCGGGGCGGCAGGGAGGGCAUUUGA